CCUGCGACCCCUGCUGCCCAGGAGCCGAGAGCCAGCGGCCGCCCCAGACUCGGGCGAGAGCGACGCAAGGUCGGCGGCGGCGGCCCGAGGGCGCCCGUGUGCCCAGUGCGCGGUGAGGACGGCCGCGAGCUCGCUGGAGGGCUCCCUGGAAUAAUCCAGAAGUUGAUUCCAUCAUGGCAGAACUCAAGGUGGAUGUGCGGGCCAGCGUAGACUGGCAGAAACGCUGUGUGGCUCUGGAAACCCAACUUUUCCGGUUCCGCCUACAGGCCAGUAAGAUAAGGGAGCUGCUGGCUGACAAGAUGCAGGAGCUGGAGCAGAGGCUGCUGGAGGCAGAGCAGAGAGCAGAGAACGCCGAGACCCAGGUCAGUGUCAUGGAAGAGAAGGUAAAACUGUCCAAUCUGAAGAAUGUGGACUCUCCAGGCAGCCUGCACCGGAAAUACCAAGAAUUGCUGAAAGCCUUGCAGGGCAAAGAUGAGCUCAUCCGCCAGCUGGAGGCUCAGCUGGAGAAGCAGAAGCAGAUGAGAGCAGAGGAAACAAAAACUGUUCAAGAAAAAGCUGCAAAGAUCAAGGAAUGGGUGACACUCAAGUUAGCAGAGCUUGAGAUGGAGAAUCAGCAUCUGAAAAGCUGUAAUCAGUGCCUGGUGGAGCAAGUGGGAGCCCUUCAAGAUGCGCUAGAAGCUAUUCAGAUAGCUCCUUCACAGAAGCUGCUGGUGCCCCCCCAUGGAGCUGCAGAGCAGGAUUCUGUCCCUUCGGAGCCAGGCAUCCAGCCUGUGGGCCAGGACAGUGGCUCCCAGGCCCAGGGUCUGAAGGCAGCUGUGCUUGCACCUUCCCCAGCUGCCCUGCAGAGCAAGGACUCUGUUUCUGAAGCAGCAAGCCCCUUGGAGGAUUCUAGUUCUAGCACAGUCCAUUCUGGGAAAUUAAUAGAGGCCAAGCCCCUUCAACCUCAUCUAGAAAGAGAGGGCUCUCCCCGCCAGCCAUGCAUGAAGCUUCAAACCUUCAGAUGUGGUUCUGCUUCCUGGGGUGAGCACCUGAUUACUGCUCAGAAAGGGAUGCUCCCUGGUACAAAGACUUCUGCCAGAGAAGGUGGCCCUGGCAGCAGUCUGACCCUACCAAAAGUGAGGGCUCCUAACACCCCGAGGGACAGCAUCCAGUUGGCCAAAAGGCACCACAGCCAGCCCCAGGUGGGCCAUGGACACUUUGACCACGUAAUGAGCAUUGAGAUUGGGACCUUCUCAGCACUCCACCCCUCUGGCCUUCCUGAGCUGGAGGCCCGAGCUCGGUACCGGGAUGAACCAGAGAAGAUGGAGAUGGAGGAGCCACCCCCAGCAGGGAAGAAGGAGGAAAGAGAGAGCCCAAAGGCCCUUGGAGCUGAGCCAGAGGAAGUGGAGCCUGGUAACAAGCCACCUACACCCCCACUGCACCAGUUACCACCCUGGGAGAGCCGGAUCUAUGCUGUGGCCACAUCAGGCAUGCGGCUCUCAGAUGUGUCUCCCAGAACUAAUACUGCCUGCUGCGCUUCAAGCCCUCCUGCCCUUGCUUCCCCUGGGUCUUUCUCUGGCCUGGUCUACAAGAAUGUCACUGUGCCUGUCUACACAGCCCUGAAGGGGAGAGCCGCACAGAUCAGCAACAUGCCCUUUAUGGAUGAAUCCUCGGGGUCUGACGAUGACUGCAGCUCUCAGGCAAGUUUUCGAAUCUCGGUCCCCUGCUCUGAGUCCAGGAAGACCAGCGGACUAGGCAGCCCCCGGGCCUUCAAGAGAGGCGUCUCCAUGUCCUCACUGAGCUCCGAGGGUGACUACGCCAUCCCCCCGGACGCCUGCUCACUGGACGGUGACUACUCAGAGCCUGAGCACAAACUGCAGCGCACCUCAUCCUACUCCACUGACGGGCUGGGCCUGGGCGGGGAGUCACUGGAGAAGUCAGGAUACCUACUGAAAAUGGGGAGCCGGAUGAAGACGUGGAAGAGGCGCUGGUUUGUCCUGAGACAGGGACAGAUUAUGUACUACAAGUCCCCGAGUGAUGUCAUCCGGAACCCUCAAGGCCAAGUGGAUCUGAACUCCCGUUGCCAAAUUGUUCGAGGGGAGGGUUCACAGACGUUUCAGCUCAUCUCUGAGAAGAAAACCUACUACCUGACGGCAGAUUCACCCAGCCUGCUGGAGGAGUGGAUCCGGGUACUCCAGAGCCUGCUAAAGGUGCAGGCCACCGGGCCUCCAGCACUGCCUCAGGGUGGCACUAAGCCCACCGUCAAGGGCUGGCUGACCAAGGUAAAGCAUGGCCACUCCAAGCUGGUCUGGUGUGCUCUUGUUGGGAAAAGCUUCUACUACUAUCGGAGCCAUGAGGACAAGCGACCCCUGGGCUGCCUGCCUGUGCGGGAUGCACGCAUAGAGGAAGUAGAUCGAUCCUGUGACUCAGACGAGGACUAUGAGGCUGGAGGAACCAGACGGUUGCUUUCCUCCCACUGCACCCUGGUGAUCCACCCCCCAGAGCACAGCCCCACCUACCUCCUCAUUGGCACCAAGCAUGAAAAGGAUACGUGGCUCUACCACCUCACAGUGGCUGCGGGUGGCAGCAGUGCCAAGGUGGGCACUGCCUAUGAGCAGCUCAUUGGAAAACUGAUGGAUGGUGAGGGAGACCCAGAUUCGCCGCUCUGGAGGCACCCCAUGCUGUGCUACAGCAAAGAUGGCCUGUACACCUCCCUCACCACCCUGCCCUCGGAGGCCUUACAGACGGAGGCACUCAAGCUCUUCAAGUCCUGCCAGCUCUUCAUCAAUGUGCCGGUGGAAGCUGCCUCAGUGGACUACCAUGUGUCCCUGGCCCAGACCGCACUGCAGGUCUGCCUGGUUCACCCCGAGCUACAGAGUGAGAUCUACUGCCAACUCAUGAAGCAGACCAGCUGCCGCCCACCUCAGAAGUACUCCCUCAUGCAGUGCUGGCAGCUCCUUGCUCUGUGUGCUCCACUUUUCCUGCCUCAGCAUCACUUCCUCUGGUAUGUCAAGCAGCAGCUCCAACGCCACGCAGAUCCCAGAAAUGAAACUGGCCAGUAUGCCACCUACUGCCAGCGGGCAGUGGAGCGGACCCUGCAGGCUGGGGAGCGGGAAGCCAGGCCAUCGCGCAUGGAAGUGGUGUCCAUCCUGCUGCGCAACCCCUUCCACCACUCCUUGCCCUUCAGCAUCCCCGUGCACUUUACCAAUGGGACUUACCAGGUGGUUGGUUUUGACGGCUCCUCCACGGUUGACGAGUUCCUUCAGCGGAUGAACCAGGAGAUAGGCAUGAGAAAGCCAUCCCACUCUGGCUUUGCCCUCUUCACGGAUGAUCCUUCAGGCAGGGACCUGGAGCACUGCCUGCAGGGAAGUGUCAAGAUCUGCGAUGCCAUCUCCAAGUGGGAACAAACCCAGAAGGAGCUGCACCCCAGGAAGUCUGAGGGUGGGACACGUGUCGUGAAGCUGAUGUACAAGAACAGGCUGUACUUUCGCAGUCAAGUCAAAGGGGAGACCGACCGAGAACGGCUGCUCCUUGCCUCUCAAACUAGUAGAGAGAUAUUGGCAGGGAGGUUUCCUGUCAACAAGGAGUUGGCUCUUGAGAUGGCUGCCCUGAUGGCCCAGGUAGAAUAUGGGGACUUGGAGAAGCCUGCCCUGCCAGGCCCUGGAGGCACAUCCCCUGCCAAGGCUCAGCAUCUCCUCCAGCAGGUCCUGGACAGGUUCUACCCCAGGCGAUAUAGACAUGGGGUCCCCCCUGAACAGCUGAGGCACCUGGCAGAUAUGUUGACCACAAAAUGGGCAGCUUUGCAAGGCUGCUCCCCUCCUGAGUGCAUCCGCAUCUACCUGACGGUGGCCAGGAAAUGGCCUUUCUUUGGUGCUAAGCUUUUUGCUGCUCAGCCUGCCCAGCUGUCUUCCAAGGAGAAUGCUCUAGUGUGGAUUGCUGUGAAUGAGGAUGGCGUCAGCAUCCUGGACCACAACACUAUGCAAGUGCACAUCACUUACCCCUACUCUUCAGUGACAACCUUUGGUGGCUGCAGGGAUGACUUCAUGCUUGUGAUUAGAUCUAUCCCAGACCAGAGCUCUGGAAAAAGCCACAUUGAGAAGUUGAUCUUUCGGAUGGCUGCUGCCAAGAUUGCAGAAGCUACCUUCAUCAUGGCCAGCUAUAUGAACCAUUGCUCUACAACUGUGAACCCACCCACCCACCCACCUGGAGCCCGCCAGCUGUGGGAACUGGAUGGACGACAGUUCUUUGCUUCUGUUUCCUGUGCUACCAAGGGGCCAACGUUGCUGUGAAUAUCUCUCCUACUCCAUUCCCCACCACCACUAGUGCCUCUGGAUUUAGAGAUACAUAUCUUGGGGUAUGAUACUACUGUGAUGGGUCUAACAGCCCCCACCACUCUUGUUCUGUGAAAUGUGCAUUUUAGUGUCUGUGAAGCCUUUAUUCUCUAGGUGCUUUAUAAUGUUUCAGGGCCCAGCUUUUUAAAAUCCAGAUCCAGUGUUAAAACCACUUAUUCCUUUUUUUGUAAGAAUGCUACCUGAUUCUAUAGACAGGGGUGAUCCACUGUUACUGAGGGCAUCAGUGCUAUAAGUUAAGGCUUUCUGAACUGAUACUCUCAAGGAAGCUUUUUUUUUUUGGAGGAACAGGGGAGGAUAGAGUCUAUGUUGCCCAGGCUGGAGUGCAGUGGCGCAAUCUUGGCUCACUGCAACCUCCACUUCCCAGGUUCAAGCAAUUCUGCCUCAGCCUCCUGAGUAGCUGGGAUUGCAGGUGUGCACCACCAUGCCUAAUUUUUGUACUUUUAGUAGAGAUGGGGGUCUCACCAUGUUGGCUAGGCUGUUCUCAAACUCCUGACCUCAGGUGAUCCACCCAUUUUAGCCUCCCAAAGUGCUGGGAUUACAGGCGUGAGCCACCGCGCCUGGCCUGGAAGCUAAUUUUUUAAUAUUGUAUAUGGUCUUAUUUAUACUUGAAGUUUUCUGAAUGUCGCUAAACAGAAUAGGACUAAAAUUUCCAAUUCUCCUGCACUCUGACAGAAGCCUAGAACUAUCUAAACUGUACUGCCUUUCCCAAAUGGGAAAGGUGCUGACAGAGUUGGAGAAAAAAGAAUAGACUCACUUUCCCCAUUAUUGGUAUGUAGGCAUUGGUACUGCCCCUUCCCCAUGCUAAGAUUCAAGCUCUUUCUCUCACACUGGACUAUAAGCCAAACCCAUGCAAUGUGCAAACAAGGGCAGGGGGUAGUUCCAAUCUGACCUCUCCCUGUCUCAUUUUAAUGACUGGACAGGGCUCAGUGAAGGCUGUGUUCACUACUGUGGGCCACCAUUUGUUUCCUUGCUCUUGUAAAAGACCAAGCAAAUGCACUCUGCUUUUUGCUGCUAUAAGACCACAAAAAUGAGUCAGAAACACAGAAGACUAUUUCAGGCAUGUGGGCCUGGAUAUGCUCCUUGAGACUUCUGGCAAACUUCUGCUGGGAAUUAGUUUGAGGGCGAGGAUACAUAUGUGAUAGUCGCCCUAGCCUAAGAGUAAUAGCUAAAAGAAAUAAAAAGUUUCUUUCAUCUUUUGCCUUACUGAUAACACCAUAGCCCUUCUCAAUUCAGAUCUUCUGAUUGAGUGCAGAGGAGACUAUCUACACCUUCCCCUAACAAAAACAAAACGAAAGAGUUCAUACUCUGAUUUUCCAACAUCUGAGAAACUGAGUUCUAUUUCAUAGCUCUAAGGCAGCCUUACUAUCUGUCAAUAAAGUGCUGAAAACUGUUUAUUUAGCAGUAGCAUCCAAAACCAAGCCUUUAGCCAAUAAUAUCUGCAUAUUGUGCACAGCAAAAACUGUGAGGCCAGGACUAGUUUAUCUGAACGCCUCAGCUGCUUUCACCCUGUAAACUGACAAGCAUGAUGAAAAAAGCAGCACAUCCAAGUCUCUGCCUCUUUUAAAUGUACUUGACUUUGCAAGGCAAGUAGUUGUACAGUCAUUUCUAGUCACACCCUUUACCCCAGGAUUUGGGGAUUUAGCUGAGACAUUUCUACCUCGAACAAGUCACAUGUACUACAGGUUCCUGAACAAUUACUGCAGGGCUGGUGAUAGACAUAACGGCUCUGGUUUUGUAAUAUCUUGGGUGUCUCUAAGGCCAAUAAGAACAACAUUAUCUACCCAGAGAAAGAAUAGUAGGAGCCCGAAGAAAGAGUAAACAAGAAAGGAGCUGUGUUCACACUGAAUCUGUGGUCAGUCUGUUUCCCCCACCCUCUCUCCACCCCAUCUCCACCCCAACCCUUCAGGAAUCCUCUUUUAGUUUACUGAUUUUAUACAGAAGAAACUGCCUUAGAAACAAAGGAUUCAAUGAUUUGCUUAUUUAUUCUUUGUUAACAUGGAGUCCCAUGUCUGAAAACCAAAGUCAAAUUUCUGUCUGGCCUUUUGUCUCAUCCCUCUUGGCAAAAGUAUCUUUUAAAAUGAUUUUUUAAAUGCUGAGUAACAGAAAAGUAUUAAUGUGCUUGACACCAUGACUGAAAUGCCAUGAUCUUGUUUGUCAAUAAAAAGCAGCUAUCCAUGAACCAGGUAA